GAAGACUUUUUUCCUCGGAGCUGUUGCUGCUAAAGUCUCAGAUCCCGACUGUGAGCAGGGUGGGUUGUCUUCUUCUUCCGAGAUCUCAGGUUCGAGUGAGUCUCCGGUAUACGUGUAUAUGUUACCUACGACAUAUAUAAUAUCUUGCCUAGCUAUUAAUCUGUUCCCUCCCGAAAGUGGCCAAAGUCUUUAAUAGGAGUUACUCUAUAUGUGGAAGCAAAGAAAUCUUCUUUCAAGCGGAGCUGCAGUUUUGCUGAAUAAUCACGUGUGAGUUAGGGGCGGGCUCUUGGCAAGGAGGUUUUUUACGAGUAUUUACUACAAGGUCUACUCCAGAAGAUUAACCAUCCCAAUCCUUCUGUCAGUCUCCGAUGCCAUGCCUGGUUAAAAAAAAAAAUCUCAUCUUUUUUCCGAUCGUCAGUCACCCUAAAGAAUGGCCGAGCCUUCUGGGAACGAGCUGGCGUCCGCGGCUGCCAAGGGGGACCUAGUGCAACUUACUAAUUUGUUGCAAGAGAAUGUAAACGUCAAUGCACAAAAUGGAUUUGGGAGAACUGCGCUGCAGGUGAUGAAGCUGGGGAACCCCGAGAUCGCCCGGCGGCUGCUGAUGAGCGGCGCUGACCCGGACCUGAGGGACGGCACCGGCUUCGCCGUCCUCCCCGACGCGGCCAGGGAGGGCUUCGUGGACACUCUGCAGACCCCGCCGGCGUUUCGG